AUGAAGUUUGUCCAAUCCAGGGUUGAAUGGUCAAACUUUAAGGAAACUGGUAUUUUGGAUUCCAGUGGACAGCAAGUACAGGCUAAGUCCAAGAUUCAAGAAAAACUGAAGGAGCUGUGUACUUGUCCUCCUCAAGGUGUCAUUGCCAAAGUAAUAACAAACGUGGCAAUGGGAGCAGUGAUCUGGGGCCUAAUUUGGAGUUUUACAGGCAAAGAGAGUCUGCCUGGUGGGAGCAUCUUCGGAAUUGUAUGCCUCUAUUUUUGUUCAGUAAUUGGUGGCAAAAUUAUGCAGCUAAUUAAAAUACCAGGAUUGCCUCCUCUCCCUCCUUUUCUUGGUAUGUUGAUUGCUGGAUUUCUCAUCAGAAAUAUUGAAUACGUCAGUAAGGUGAUCGUGAUCAAAGUAAAGUGGGGAAUUAUAUUCAGAAAUAUUGCCCUCUCGAUUAUUUUAUCUCUAGCUGGUCUUGGCCUUGACGCAAAGGCUCUGAACAAGUUAAAAGCUGUCUGUUUUAGACUAUGCAUGGGACCCUGCAUCACUGAAGCAUGUUCAGCAGCAGUCAUAUCUCACUUUCUAAUGAAAUUCCCAUGGGUAUGGGGUUUUAUGUUAGGAUUUGUUCUAGGUGCUGUAUCUCCAGCUGUUGUGGUCCUUUCGAUGCUGAUGUUACAGAGACAAGGUCUUGGUGUAGAUCAAGGAAUUCCAUCUUUACUAAUAGCUGCUGCCAGUAUAGAUGACAUUGUAGCCAUCACAGGCUUUAACAUUUUCUUGGGCAUGGCUUUUUCCUCAGGGUCCACCUUUCGUAGCAUCUUGCGUGGUGUGGUGGAAGUUGUUAUUGGUGCAGGUGCUGGUUGCCUUUUAGGAUAUUUUAUUACAUAUUUUCCAAGCAAGGAUCAGAAAUCCAUUGCAUGGAAAAGAGCCUUCUUUGUGAUUGGCUUGUCAGCAUUUUCUCUUUUAAGCAGCAAGCGUUUUGGCUUUCCAGGAUCUGGAGGACUCUGUGUCAUUGUUUUGUCAUUUCUUGCUGGAAUGGCAUGGUCUAAUGAAAAGAAAGCAGUGCAAGAUGUUGUUACUUUUGCAUGGCAAAUUUCCCAACCAUUUCUAUUUGGACUAAUUGGAGCUGAAAUCUCCAUUUCUUCCCUUGGAUUAGAAACUGUUGGGCUUUGUUUGGCCACUAUGUUUUCAGCUUUAAUAGUUCGAGUUGUGGCUACGUUUUUGUUGGUGAGUGGCUCUGGCUUUCAUUGGAAGGAAAAAUUAUUUAUUGCACUGGCAUGGAUCCCCAAAGCAACUGUCCAGGCUGCAAUUGGUUCUGUUGCCUUAGAUACAGCAAGAGGUAAUAAAGAUAAAACGCUAGAAAAAUAUGGCCUGUACAUCUUGACAAUAGCUUUCCUUGCAAUCUUGAUCACAGCUCCAACUGGAGCUGUGAUAAUUGGACUGACUGGACCCAGACUUCUCCGCAAGACUACCAAAGGCAAUGAAGAUGACGUAGCAAUAGACAGUUUUUCAUCAGCAGAGAUAACUUAGACUUUAUUUUAAAUUCAGAUUUAACUCUCUGAUGUUUGAGAUUAAACAGAAAAGAAAUGGAAAUAUAAUUAUGGAUCAAAUUAAACAUUUAUUCCUUGUAUGAACAAUAAUGAAAUCAUAGUACUGCAUGAUGCUUUGUUUUCAAACCUGUAAUCAACCUUGUAUUUUAUACAAUAAAAAUAUACUUUGUUCUCUCAGCAUUUCUGGCUGGUAUCUAUGGAUUCUCCUGGUGGAUGAAAAAAAAUCAAGACAGAAGGCUUGGAUCUUAAAUUUGCUUUUCCAUGCAAAAUAAUUAAUAUUCUUGCCACUGGGUUUUCUUGUGUAUUUUAUUUAUCUGUCUCCCAGAACUCUUGAAGCUUUAUUCUGAUGGUUUAAGAAAGUUUACAGUUAGCACUGAAAGUGACAUUUGUUGAAACUAUUCUCUCCUUCAAAGAAAAGGGAAAGUAUCUUGGGACCUUUAUGAGACAAUUCACAACUCAGUUCUACAUUAUUAUGUAUCAGCUUAUAACUUACCUGAUUUCCUAUUACAUUGCAGGAGAACAUUUUCAAUGAUAGUAAAAAUCAUACUACUAGCUCAUUUUUUUCUCACAUGGAUAUAUCAGAUCAGUGUUUUUCAACUUUGGCAAUUUUUUUAUUUUUUUUAUUUUUAUUUUCAAAUUUAAACAUUUUAUUGGAUUAUAGAACAAAAAUACAAAAGCAAAUAGAAAGACCUUGGCAAUUUUAAGAUGUGUGGACCAGUUGGAGAAUUCUGGGCGUUGGUUCAUAUUUGUUUACCUUAUUUGCCAUUUUGUUGGCUCCUGAAAUUUCCUCCAGUUCAUGGUUCAUAUCAUUGUAUUGUAUCAUAUAUUUCAGGAACGAGCCUUGGUCUCCAUGACCAAAAAUAUAAAAAAUGCAAACAUUGCUUGUUAAAAAAUAAAGUGAUCAUAAAAAAAAUAAUACACAGUUGUGCAAUUUUCCAUAAGAAGAAAUGCAUUUUUUUCUCUGGAAAGAAAUUGAUAAUAUCUCUACAUUUCUAGCAACAGUGCAUCCAUGGUUAAGUAUACAGACCAGGGACUUACAGAAUUAAUGGAAAUAUUUGGAACACCAGAUGCAUAGUUUAAUUUUACAAACAACCCCUUCACCAGAUAGGAAACUAACGAAGUAAACUGCUUCGUUAAACAACUGGAUUCUGUUCAUGGAAAAAUCUCUGAGAUUCAGCAUGAUGGAGAAAAGGAAUCUAUUUUUUCUUUGCCUGAAGAUUGGAAAAUAUAGGAAAAAGUAUUAGAAUGUAGCAUAAGCAAAUUGGCUUGAGGGGAACAGCAGGUUUAGUAGCAAAUAGGCUAAUUUACUGUAGUUCGUUUAAUGCAUCCAGUAACUACUCAACAUAAUGAAUUAUGCAAAUAAAAUAGACAGUUCUUGGACUAAACUAUGUAUUUCAAAAUAUCAAUACAUAAUGCCAUAAUUUCUAAAUCACAGACAAGCUAAAUUAUAUACAAUCUAUAUCACUUCUGAGAAGCAGAAAACAUUCUGCUCCUAGUUUGUUGAUCUCUUUAAUCAUUCUCAAAGAAGGCUAUCUGGAGUUCUGUAUAAAAGUGAUUCCUAUAUACACACAAUGUUCAAACUGAAUACUGGCUUGCAUGCAAAUUCCUAAAGCCAUUUAAGACGAAACUCAUGUCUAUCUUUCACAACCUCCAAAAAUCACUUCCCAGUUUUGUGGCGAUCUGGCACUACAGCUGAUUUAAAAUCUGUUAAAUCUGUAGUAUAGAUGGCACCUAUAGUUAGAAUAGAGGUGUCUGUUUGUCAUCUAUCUAAUAUUUGUUACAAUUCCUGCAGUUUUGAGGAAAAUAGCCCUAGUUCUGGCAGUUUUAAAAAGGUAUUAAUUCUUCACCAUUGAUAAACAGUCUGCAGGAAUAUUCUACCCAAAAGUGUACAAUCGUGACUUUUAAAAGAAGUGAACCAUUCUGUAUCAUAAGAAACAAUGACCAUAAGUAAAAAGAAUACCACAAAUAAAUAAAUUAACUCACUAUUUUAGAGCACCAGCAUCUGCAGUACACUGCCUUAGUAUGACGGAGGUCCUCAUUGUUGAUUUCAUUUACUACUUUGGGAUUCUCCUUCUGGAUCUUGAGAUUAAUCAAGCUGUCCUGCCGUUUCUUCUUGGGAAGGAAUGGGUGAAAAGCAAGAUAUCCCAGCAGUGCAAACCCAGGAAAGGCAAUAACUGCAACCAUUCUGGAACUGAGCACAUGGUUGUUGCUAGUUGUGAGGUCGUAUCCGACCCAUCGCGACCCCAUGGACAACGUUCCUCCAGACCUUCCUAUCCUCUAUCAUCCCCUGGAGUCCAUUUAAGCUCAUGCCUACUGCUUCAGUGAUUCCAUCCAGCCACCACAUUCUCGUUGUCCCCUUCUUCUUUUGCCCUCAAUCUUUCCCAGCAUUAGGCUCUUCUCCGGUGAGUCGUUCCUUCUCAUUAGGUGGCCAAAAUAUUUGAGUUUCAUCUUCAGCAUCUGGCCUUCUAAAGAGAAGUCAGGGUUGAUCUCCUCUAGGACUGAGCAGUUUGAUCACCUUGCAGUCCAAGGGACUCAUAAAAGGCUUCUCCAGCACCAGAGUUCAAAGGCCUCAAUUCUUUGGCACUCAGACUUUCUUGGGGUCCAACUUUCACAGCCAUACAUUGCAACUGGGAAAACCAUAGCCUUGACUAUAUGUACUUUUGUUGGCAGGAUGAUGUCUGCUUUUUAGAAUGCUAUCUAGAUUUGCCAUAGCUUUCCUCCCCAGGAGCAAGUGUCUUUUAAUUUCUUGGCUGCAGUCCCCAUCUGCAGUGAUCUCGGAGCCCAGGAAAAUAAAAUCUGUCACUACCUCCAUUUCUUCCCCAUCUAUUUGCAGGAAUUGAGAGGGCCGGCUGCCAUGAUCUUUGUUUUCUUAAUAUCGAUUUUUAAGUCAACUUUUGCACACUCCUUCUUCACCCACAUCAAGAGGCUCUUUAGUUCCUCUUCGCUUUCUGCCAUUAGAGUGGUAUC